AUGAGUGAGUGUGUGAGUGAUUAUACUCGUGAACGUUACGGUGGUCAACUGCCAUCAUCACCAUCGUCAUCAGCAUGUGGAUCGAACUCGUCAUCGACAAGCAACAACACACCUGUGUCGAAACCGUCGAAACCGAAGAAAGAAGUGAAGACGGAUGUGAGUAACCUGAUGGCAGCAUUACGCAAUGGCACGCCAGCGAUGCCUGCUGGUAUCCUUCACAAUUUGAUGCAGACGGUGAAUCCAUUCCAAAUGAUGCUUAAUCCGCAAAUACCGACAUCGUCAGCCAAUAUUAAUGCGGCACAAGCAGCAAAUCAAAUGCUGCAACAAGCAGGACUCACAAUCAAUUCGUCGGGGCAGAUCAUGCAGUCGAAGAAAUGGCGACGGGAUGAGCGACGUCAACGCGAACUCGAGCAGAGGUUGGCGCUGGCGUUGACCACCUCACAUCUCACGUCUGAAGCACUGGCCAAUCCACUUUGGAAAGAGCUGCUCGAGGCUGCACAGCCAAAGUUUACCCUCAACGACGAUCCACAGUACUUUGAACAGCUGAUUUCCACGCUGCACCUUCGCCUUUUGCAAUCGAUUCGUGCUCUUUUGUCAUCGGCAGUCUGCGUGUCUGUGCUAGUGGACUGUGUUCGUUUGGCACCGAUCGCUGGUUCUGAUGAGCCAUUGUUCAGACUGUGCGUCUCGGCUGCGUUCCCAGCAUUUAUUAAUCAAAAAUACGAGUCAUCCUGCUUGCCUUUCCGUCCGCUUGUUCAAGCUGAUAAUACGUCGGAAUCCGUUGCGAUGACGAUCGAUCAGGUAUUGAACGACUACGAUCUGCCACAGGAGAAAGUAACACGUGUGGUAUGUUCUGGCUUGAAACAACUCUUGGACGAUGACUAUGGUAGCGUGGUUGACAAGCAGAUGGAACCGUUCAGUCAGAGAAUCAUGAACUGUUUCACGCACUUUCUCGAGUCAACCCCUGCUAUUGACGAACUACGAAAGAGCGUCUAUCAGAUGAUCUUUGGGUUCGUCACACGGCCAGAAUCGUUACAAGCGCUGAACAAGGCAGCAGGUAUGUUGUACAGAACAUUCUGA